CGGGAAAAGUCUAUAAAAAGACGUGUGCUUUCCGCGCACGCGUGCCCGUUCACGGAUAGACCCGCGAGAUAGAGGAGGGGGCGGUUGAAUAGAGAGACACAGACAGUUUGAGGGGUAAAUAGCUCGAGCUUCUCCGGGCCUGGAACAGCAUUAAGCUCGAAUGGAGUUGAAGAAAGUAUCGUCAUCGCUGCUGCUGCUGCUUCUCUUCGCACAGCUCGCCCUGACCGAGCUGGCCCAGGAUAAGCCGGAAUCUGAUGGAGAAGAGGAGGAAGGGGCUGAUGAAGACGAUGAGGAGGAAGAGGACGAUGCUGAGUCUGUCAAGGAAGAAAAUGGGGUUUGGAUUUUGACGGAUGCAAACUAUGAUUCCUUCAUUGCAGACAAAGAAAUUGUGCUGAUUGAAUUUUAUGCCCCUUGGUGUGAACAGUGUAAGCAGUUUGCACCAGCAUAUGAAAAGAUUGCCAGUGAGUUGAAAGAAUAUGAUCCUCCUAUUCCUGUUGCCAAAGUUGAUGGCCCAUCACAAUCUGACUUGGGUCUUCGCUUUGACAUUGCUAUGUACCCCACAUUCAAAAUUGUGAAAAAUGGGCAGCCAAUUAACUACAAAGGAGCAUUGGUGAAGGAUGAACUUUUAUCUAAAGUGAAAGAAGUAGCUUCCCCUGACUGGAUUCCACCACCUGAAGCAACCAUCGUUUUGACAGAAGAUACCUUUGAUGAUGUGGUGAAUGAUGCUGAUAUCAUCCUAGUGGAGUUCUAUGCUCCUUGGUGUGGGCACUGUAAAAAGCUUGCUCCACAAUACGAGGAAGCUGCCCAGGAGCUUGGCAAGCGUUCUGUGCCGAUUUUACUUGCUAAAGUAGAUGCCACUACUGAAACAAAGCUUGCUAACAAGUACCAGGUCACUGGCUAUCCUACCCUGAAAAUUUUCCGCAAGGGUAAACCUUUUGAAUAUAAUGGACCAAGGGAUACAGAAGGUAUUAUUGAACAUAUGAUUGAACAGGCUGGCCCACCUUCCAAACAAAUUCAAGCUCUUAAGCAAGUUCAAGAAUUCCUUAAGGAUGGUGAUGAUGUGAUAAUUAUGGGAAUUUUUAAUGGCGAGCAAGACCUAGCUUAUCGUACCUAUCAAGAUGCCUGUAACACUAUCCGAGAAGAUUACAGGUUUCAUCACACUUUCAGCAGUGAAAUACAAAACUUCUUAAAAGCAUCUCCAGGACAGCUAGUUAUGUUGCAACCUGAGAAAUUUAAUUCUCCAUAUGAGCCCAAAAUGCAAAUUUUGACUAUCAAGGACACAUUAUCUCAUUCUGAAGUGGCAGAUUUCAUUACAAAUAAUGCUGUGCCUUUGGUUGGGCAUCGUAAGCAAAGCAAUGAUGCAAAACGAUACAGCAAGCGUCCAUUGGUGGUGGUAUACUAUGGUGUAGACUUCAGUUUUGAUUAUCGUGUGGCUACACAGUAUUGGCGGAAGAAAGUAUUGGAGGUAGCGAAGGAUUUCCCUGAAUAUACUUUUGCAAUUGCUGAUGAAGAGGAUUAUUCGUCAGAACUAAAUAGCCUGGGUCUGGCAGACAGUGGUGAAGAAGUGAAUGUCGCAAUUCUGGAUGUAGCUGGCAAGAAAUAUGCAAUGGAACCAGAAGAAUUUGAUUCUGAUACGCUGAGAGAAUUUGUAAUGGCAUUUAAGAAAGGUAAAUUGAAGCCUAUUGUCAAGUCACAACCGGUCCCGAAGAGUAACAAAGGACCAAUAAAAGUGGUGGUGGGCAAGACCUUUGCUGAAAUAGUUAUGGACAAAAAGAAAGAUGUCUUAAUAGAAUUCUAUGCACCUUGGUGUGGCCAUUGCAAAAAACUGGAACCUGUAUAUUUGGAACUCGGUAAAAAGUACAAAAAUGAAGAGAAUCUAAUCAUUGCAAAGAUGGAUGCAACAGCAAAUGAUGUACCAAAUGAUAAAUACAAAACUGAAGGAUUCCCUACCAUUUACUUUGCUCCAAGUAAUAAUAAAGACAAUCCUAUUCAAUAUGACAAGAGUGAGCGAGACCUUGACUCUUUGAGCAAAUUUGUGGAAGAACAUGCAACCAAGCUAUCAAGAAGCAAAGAUGAACUAUAAGGAUUCUUAACUUUAUUCAGUUAUAGGGGACCUUCGAAACUUCCAGCCAUGCAGUUUGGAUUUAAGGUGAAAUGACCAGUUUCAAAACCUUAAUUCCUAAAAAAAAAUCACUGGAAAUAAGAGAUUAGACUUCUGCCAGAGAAGUUUUGUAUCUACCUGUGUAAUCGAGGUAUUUACCUAGAAUGUGUGAAAUCACUUUUGUGAAGUUUGUAUGGUUUGUCAUUCAAUUUAUAUUUUGGUAAAAAAAAAACCUUCAAAUAAAGACAACCUAAGGAAUUAA